UAAAACUUUUUGCGCUUUUGUGAAUAUUUUUUUUAAAACUUUUAAAUUCUCCUUAAAAAAAAUUCGUUAAUUCUAAAAUGGCACGUACAAAACAAACUGCUAGAAAAUCUACCGGAGGAAAAGCACCCAGGAAACAAUUAGCUACCAAAGCAGCCCGUAAAUCUGCCCCAGCUACCGGAGGAGUGAAGAAACCUCACAGAUACAGACCCGGAACAGUAGCCCUGAGAGAAAUUAGACGUUAUCAAAAGAGUACCGAAUUGUUGAUUAGAAAGCUGCCUUUCCAGAGGCUCGUUAGAGAAAUAGCUCAAGACUUCAAGACCGAUUUACGUUUCCAAAGUUCAGCAAUUAUGGCCCUUCAAGAAGCUAGCGAAGCUUAUUUGGUAGGUCUCUUCGAGGACACUAAUUUGUGCGCUAUUCACGCUAAAAGAGUUACCAUAAUGCCCAAAGAUAUUCAAUUGGCCAGAAGAAUCCGUGGCGAGAGAGCCUAAAUUAAUUUGUGAUUCACAAAAAGCACAAUAAAUACCCAACAGCCCUUUUUAGGGCUACCCUAUUUUCUAAAGGAAGUGAAAUAGCUUGAAUAUGUAUAAUAUAAAAGUGUAAGCAAUUAAAUAAUUUUUAUUAAGUAUUUUGACUUGCUUUUACCAAAUAAAUAGAAUUUUAUUUACUAGUAAUAUGUAUAAUCUAACGACUUCUAAUCUAACUUAUAUAAUAUGGUAGUAAACAUUUUUAACAACACGUAUAUAAAUAAUAAAUUGAUAACGUCGCCAUCUUUGAUUUAUCUAUAUUCACGUUUCCGGUCAGGAUUUUUAACUUUGUUUUUCACCCUUUUUAAAAAUAUUUAUAGUGCUAAAUUUAAUGAAAAAAAAUUUGUACAAAUUAUUAUUUACAGUUUGAAACUAGAUAUAUUUAUGAAAAAUAAUAGCCUUUUUUUCUAUUGGCCAGUACGAGCAGCUGUUAGAGAUUAGCUAUCCAGCCGGGUUAAAAAAAUAGAGACCUGGCCUGACCUUUAUAAAAAAGUAUUAAACUUCGGAGUAACUAAAAAUUUUCCGUUUUUUUUUAAAAAUUAUAGGCGGCAAAAUACAUUAAGCUAUAAAAAUUAAUAACAAAACAAUUUGUUUUCCAAAAAUAAAAAUAUUUUAAAUUAUGCUUGUAUUUUUAUAUAUGUUUCUAUAUUGUGAUGAGGCCAUAUUAAUUUCACCGGAUCUAAAUAAAAUUUUCUUUUUUACUCUCCCCACUGUAUUUGUUAUGUUUUAAAUUGUUUAUUGUUAUUUUACAUGUUAUAUUUUUAAUAUUGUUUGUAAUAUAUAUUAUAAAUAGAAAAAUUAGGAGAUAAAAUUAUUUUUUCUUGUUGA